AUGGCGCCCUUUAAGCAGAGCACCACCCCCACUACUGACUCUAACCAUGGCUGGUCUACAGUCAGUUCUUCUGCAUUCAACCCUUCAGCAAAGUCAACAUCAAAACCACCAACAUUGUCCCCAACACCGAGCACCACCCCCACUGCUGACUCUAACCCUGGCUGGUCUACAGUCAGUUCCUCUCCAUUUAACCCUUCAGCAAAGUCAACAUCAAAGCCACCGACAUUGUUCCCAACAUCUAGCACCACCCCCACUGCUGACUCUAACCCUGGCUGGUCUACAGUCAGUUCCUCUCCAUUUAACCCUUCAUCAAAUUCAACAUCAAAGUCACCGACAUUGUCCCCAACAUCUAGCACCACCCCCACUGCUGACUCUAACACAAACUGGUCUACAGUCAGUACUGAGUUUCCCUUCGGUUUUCGGUCGACAAGGGUAGAAAGCAAUACUGGGCUUGCUAAUGGUGGCAUUCUCAUGUCUGUGCCCUUGCUUGCCACUUUGUGCGUUUUCCUUGGAUUAUUUAGUAUUUGCACUAUUGUGUUCACAGCAAGGUGCAUGUAUAAGAGGAGGCAUAGAGAUCCUACUCCUCUGAAAAGCUCUACCAACACAAAUGUGACAGACAAGCUCAAUGCUCAUGAGCAGAUAAGACUACAGGGACUUAUAACAAAUGCAGGCAUAAACAUUGAAUCUAAAACACCACAUCAUGAUACAGAAGACAGCAAGCAUAUCUAUAACCUCCCAACAAAUGAUGAUCCUGAUCAAGCAGAGUACGACACCAUAGGUGCCGUCAAUCAGUCAGAAAGUCCACACCAUGGUGCAGGACAGCUUGACAGUUUUGGUUAUUUAGUUUUACCUCCUUCUCUUCCUCCUAGGUCUGAGAAUCAAACUGACUAUCAGGCUGAUUCCCAGAUUAAACCAGCAGAUGCAGCCUCUCGUAGAAUCGGUGGUUGUGACACAUUGACAGAUGAGACAGAGUAUGACGAUGGUGCAAGAAACAGACAGAGUCUUGACAGCUUUGGUUAUUUAGUUUUGCCCCCAUCUCUCCCCCCUAUGACUGAAAAUCAAACUGGCUAUCAGGCAGAUUCCCAGAUUGAAUCAGCAGAUCCGGCCACUCGAACAAUCGGUGGUUGUGACACAUUGACAGAUGAAACAGAGUAUGAUGACGUCCUUAGCCAGUCGCAAAAAUCGCAACCAGAAUCAGAGCAAAUGCAGGAUCUCGGCAACCUUAAUGAUGGCUACGAGGUUCCAUCUCUGUCCCUCUGCCCUGGAGAAGGUCCACAGUCCCACAAACAUGAGGACAGCCGCGUGACAGCAGCUGCCAAAGAUGCUGCAUCUGAUCCGCAGGUUAUGACGUAUGAGAAUGAUUCAGGCUACGAGGUUCCAUCUCUAUCCCUCUGCCCUGGAGAAGAUCCACAGUCCCACAAACAUGAGGACAGCCACAUGACAGCAGCUGCCAAAGAUGCUGCAGCUGAUCCACAGGUUAUGACGUAUGAGAAUGAUUCAGGCUACGAGGUUCCAUCUCUGUCCCUGUGCCCUGGAGAAGGUCAACAGUCCCAAAAACAUGAGAACAGCAGCUGCUAA